AUGAUAAGAUUUAUUCUCAUCCAAAACAGAGCUGGUAAAACUCGACUUGCAAAAUGGUACACUCAUUAUGAUGAAACAGAAAAGCAAAAACUCAUUGAAGAUGUACAUGCUCUCAUUACAGUCAGAGAUGCCAAACACACCAAUUUUGUCGAGUUCCGAGACUUCAAGGUGGUUUACAGAAGAUAUGCAGGCCUCUUUUUCUGCUUUUGCGUCGACGUAGAUGAUAAUAAUCUGAUGCAUUUGGAAGGAAUUCACAAUUUCGUCGAGGUGCUGAAUGAGUAUUUCCACAAUGUCUGCGAACUCGAUUUGGUCUUUAAUUUUCACAAAGUCUACUCCGUUGUCGACGAAGCAUUUCUCGCCGGAGAGCUGCGAGAAACAAGCCAGCAAAAGUUGCUGAAAGAAAUAAACACCCUUAAUUCUCUCGAAUAA